AUGGCAGCGGAGUCCGGGAGUGCGAUAGGCAGUGGAGGUGGAAGUGUCAGCAGCCAGAGGAUCAAGAUCGUUCUUCUUGGCGAGCAAAACACGGGGAAAACGUCUAUUGUGACGCGUUUUGUGUAUGACCACUUCGUACCGGCUUAUGCUGCCACCAUAGGUAUUGACUUCCUUUCCAAAGUCGUUACCGUCAAUGGCAAGACCAUGCGUUUGCAGUUGUGGGACACUGCCGGCCAGGAGCGCUUCCGUACGCUGAUGCCUAGCUACAUUCGCGACUCUAGCGCCGCCAUUGUCGUCUACGACAUCACUAGCCGCGAGUCCUUUGACAAGGUGGGCGACUGGAUCAAGGACAUUAAGGAGUUGCGUGGUGACAAGGCGGUCAUCGUACUAGUUGGUAACAAGACCGACCUGCUCGACAAGAGGAAGGUAUCCUACGACGAGGGUGAAGAGCAGGCUAAGAAGUUUGGAUGCCUGUUCUGCGAGACCAGUGCCAAGAAUGGCGACAACAUCAACGAUCUAUUCAACCCGAUAGCUACUGAGCUUCUCAAGAACAUGGAACCGGUGCCCGUGAAUGACAAACUCGUUGACAUCGACUUGAAGGCCAGCAACGAGGAGGCUCCCAACAAUUGCGCCGACCGUACCAAGAACACCUACCUGACCAUUACGAAGAGGUGUACCGGCUGA